AUGGCGACUGAAGAAGUUUCCGAGCGUGAAUGGGAGCAGCGUCAUACACAGGCGCUGCGAGACACAGCAGAAUCUCUUCAGCUUGGUCGAUCUACGGCGCAAGUUCUAAGCAUGCAAACCGAGCAAAUCAAUCGCAGCGAGAAGUUAGUGGACGAAACUCAAGCAACUGUAGCCAUAACCAAGCGCGUGCUUCGUGGGAUGACUUGGUCCGGCUGGAUUUACAAUAAAUUUUCAACUGUACCUCAAUUUUCAGACAAUAAUGAGCAAGACCAGAUUGCAAUGGGAUUUAUUUGCCCUGACUGCAAAGUAAAGUUCCAGUCUGCAGAUCAACUGGGAAGACACUAUAACAAUAUUCACACAGAGACUUUUAGUAUCGUGAAUGAAGUAUCAUCUUUGAAAGAAAACCGAUCGCAAUCUAUUCAGGAACAGCAGAAGCGUGUAGUAGAGGUUUCCAAUGAUAUCCAUGAAAUUUUUUUAAAAAAUUUAGAGCCUCAACUUGCUGAGCUGAAAGAGCAAGCGUUGGCGUUAGGAGGUGCAUUGGACGCGCAAAAUGAAAAGCUUGAUCAACUUGAUACAAAAAUUGGACGUGUUCAGCACGAUUUGAAGCAAGUGAGAAUAGAAGCAGACAAAUUAUCAGGACGAAAAAGUCACGUAAUUUUUAAAUUUCGAUGUGCAUUUCAAGAGCUUCAAAGUGGAAAGUUUCUACGUGAUGUAAAUGGAGAGCCAUUGUUGAGUGCUGAUGUUGUUGUAGAUGGCUGUACGUAUCGUGCAUACACUCGAGGCGAUGACAGUGAUGUUUGGGGUUUUCAAAGCGAGAAAUCAAGCUGUUUUUUAGGAAUUAAUCGUUACGGAAGUUUGAAAAUCCAAGGCCGACAGUUGAAUUCGUACGAGCAAUUUCUCGUGGAAAACAAGUCGAGUACCCAUUUAUUUUGCAUGUCCAGCUACUUUGGACUUGGCGGUUGGAUUGCGACUAACGAAUCCAUUGCUAGUGGUAGACUCACUAUCAUUCGUGGCACACCCGAAAAUAAAUUACGAGCAGCCUCUUUUCGAAUCGUAUAUCUGGAAGACGAACGAAAAAAAAAGUAA